UCCACUUUAUCGGGUUUUGUCCCUCUUCCCCACAGAAGGUGCUGGAGGUGCUGGAAGGAGGCUGAGUUUUGGGCCACCCUUCCCUUCCACUAACAUGCCCUCUUGUCUCCCUGCUCUUCCCACACAGGAUGAUGCAAACCUUGGUCCAUUUAUUGAAAUGCAACAUUGGCACCGGGCUCCUGGGUCUUCCCAUGGCCAUGAAAAAUGCCGGCAUCUUGGUGGGUCCCCUCAGCCUGCUGGUCAUCGGGAUCAUCACAGUGCACUGCAUGGUCAUCCUGGUGAACUGCGCCAAUCACCUCAGUCACAGACUGCAAAAGAGUUUUGUGAACUACGGAGAGGCCAUGAUGUAUAGCCUUGAAACCUGCCCAAACGCCUGGCUGAGGACCCACUCGGUGUGGGGAAGGUACACCGUCAGCUUCUUAUUAAUCGUCACUCAACUGGGCUUCUGCAGUGUGUAUUUUAUGUUUAUGGCAGACAAUUUACAACAGAUAGUGGAAGAAGCCCACGUGACCUCCAACACCUGCCAACCCAGGAAGAUGCUGGUGCUGACUCCCAUCCUGGACAUUCGCUUCUACAUGCUGACCAUCCUGCCCUUCCUGGUCCUGUUGGUGUUUAUCCAGAACCUCAAUGUGCUGUCCGUCUUCUCGACUCUGGCCAACAUCACCACCCUGGGGAGCAUGAUUCUGAUCUUUGAGUAUAUCAUGCAGGAGAUUCCAGAUCCCGGCAACCUGCCCUUGAUGGCAAGCUGGGAGAACUUCCUGCUGUUCUUCGGCACAGCCGUCUUCACGUUUGAGGGCGUCGGUAUGGUUCUGCCCCUCCAAAACCAGAUGAAGCAUCCACAGCAGUUUUCUCUUGUUCUGUACUUGGGGAUGUCCCUUGUCAUCAUCCUCUUCAUCUGCAUGGGGUCGUUUGGCUACAUGAAGUUCGGGUCGAAAACCCAGGCCACGCUAUAACGUCUCAACUUGCCCAAUUGCUGGCUGUACCAGUCAGUCAAGCUGAUGUACUCCAUUGGCAUCUUCUUCACCUACGCCCUCCAGUUCCACGUCCCCGCCGAGAUCAUCAUCCCCUUCGUCGUCUCCCAGGUGUCAGAGAGCUGGACACUGUUUGCAGACCUGUCUGUCCGCACAGCCUUGGUCUGUGUGACCUGUGUCUCAGCCAUCAUCAUCCCCCGCCUGGAGCUGAUCAUCUCCUUGAUGAGCUCCGUGAGCAGCAGUGCCCUGGCCCUCAUCAUCCCGCCCCUCCUGGAGCUCAUCACCUUUUACCCUGAAGACAUGAGCUGUGUCACCAUUGCAAAGGACAUCAUGAUCAGCAUCGUGGGCCUUUUGGGCUGUGUAUUUGGGACAUACCAAGCCCUCUAUGAGUUGAUCCACCCCUACAACCAUUCCAUAGGCAACUCCACAGAUGUCCAUGCACGUCAUUACCUAUUUUCAUUCUAAGAGUUCCCCCUCCUCCCAUCCAGAGUUUGACUUCCACUGUGGAUAUGAUAUACAUUCAGCAAACCCCACCAUCUCUUAUAUUAACUAGUGCCUUGUUUACCUUUCUAAGAGAAAUGUAGAUUACACAAGUCUGUACAGAGACCUCUCAGGCUGUGCUAUUUUUAUCUAUCUACUUAUUUAUUUAUUUAAGCUUUGGCUAUUUUUGGAGGUCUUUCGUACCUCCUAACCAAAACCACAUUCAACCAUUUGUAUUAUCAGCCUCGUUUAAUGGGACAAGGGAUGCCAAUUGCCCAUGAUAUCCCUGGAACCAGAGACCAUACAUAUUUGUAAAUGCAAAAGCAAUAGUUUCCUCU